AUGCCUCUCUCUAUCACCUACCCCAGCAAUACAUCUAGCCCCCUUUCCCCUACCAACUCAAGGGCGGGGGAGGUACAGACGUGCAGCUCGGGUGACGUAGACCUACACUGCGCCGUCACAGGUCAGUGCGAUGCGACUCUCCUGCACCGCACCCAGAUCAUCCCAUUCGAUACGCCUCGCGAACAGCUCGACAAACUCGAGUUCUCGUGGGGCGUCGGGCGCAACUCGAUUGAUGUCGAUAGUCCCAGGAAUAUCAUUGCACUCGAGACCAGCCUUGGCGUCUUGUUUGGUACCAAUGACGACCAGCCCACUGGAUGGUUUUUAAUACCCGCAGAGGAGAUGCUCUUCUGGAAGGUAUUCCUUUACGAGACAUCGGACAAGAAAGGCGACAUCAACAAUUGCUACCGCGGCUCCAUCGAGUUCAGCUAUUAUCUGGUCGCAUUUCCAUCUAUGAAGAAAUGCUCGUCGGUCGUCAAGUACACAGGCGACGCUUCCUCUGAGGGGCAGCUUCGGUCGGAUGAUAUCCAGCGCUUCCGAUACCCAUUCAUCGACUUUGGCCCCAUCUAUCUCCCAGUUCCCUACCACUAUAUCGCCGUCCACACCGGCGCGAAAUUGCUGCGCGUAUAUCCAGAGGGACUCUCCCACUAUAGACACUUCCUGCCAUAUGACGCUCUCUACCGCAACGCAAUAUACAACGUAGCGAAGAUCUAUCAGCACUGGAUGGGCACGGAACCUCCAACUGAAUGGGCACCAUUGACACGUCACCUUAAUGAACACGCCAAAGAAAACGAGGCCGCUUCAUCCUGGGAGAAUGCCACGUCAACGGGAGAGAUAUGUGAUGACGACGACUCGUGCUCUAACGAGAGUACGACCGAUCCAGAGGUACUUGAAGACUACAGGGGACGCGACUACUGUAAAUGGACAGAUAGCGACAUAGAAGCAAGAGCAUCUGACAUAGAGGACUUGGGUGUUUACGCUGAGGACGAUGAGGAGUGCGAUGAGGACGAUGAGGAGGACGAUGGGGACGAUGAGGAGGACGAUGGGGACGAUGAGGAGGACGAGAACGAUGAGGAGUGUGAGGAGGAGGACGAUGAGGACGAUGAGGAGUAA